AUGCCCUCUUUUGAAUCCAUCAAGGCCCGCUACGAGGCCGCUGGUCAAGACCAUGUUCUCAAAUUCUGGCCUGAGCUUACCGAUAGCGAAAAGGCAUCCUUGCUGGAGCAACUCGGUUCCCUCGACAUCGAACGCGUCAACCGCAUCUACAAAAAGGCUGUGUCCGCCGAGUCCACCAACUCGAGCGCAACCAGCGAUCUUAUCGAACCUUUGCCCAAGGGCGCGUCAGAGUCAAUCACUCGUGUAGAAUUGGCCAACGAAUGGAGGCGGAUUGGACUAGAAGCAGUUUCUAGAGGUGAAGUUGGUGCUCUGCUGAUGGCUGGAGGUCAAGGCACUAGACUGGGCAGUAACGCGCCCAAGGGUUGCUAUGACAUCGGACUACCCUCCCAUAAAUCUCUCUUCCAAUACCAGGCCGAGCGUAUCUCCCGCUUGCAGACUGUUGCCGAGCAAGAGUUUGGAAAGAAAGCGGGAACUGUCAUUGUCCCGUGGUACGUCAUGACCAGUGGUCCCACUCGUCGCGAGACAGAGAAGUUCUUCAAAGAGCAUGAAUAUUUUGGACUUGAUCGUCGUAAUGUCAUCUUUUUUGAACAAGGUACUCUUCCUUGUCUGACAAUAGAAGGCAAACUCCUUCUAGAUACUCCUAGUAGUGUAGCCGUUGCCCCAGAUGGUAAUGGCGGACUAUAUGCAGCUACACGUUCCCCUCUCGGAGCUGGUGACAAGUCCCAUACCGUCCUCAAUGAUUUGGCUCGGCGAAAGAUCCUUUACGUCCAUGCGUACUGCGUGGACAAUUGCCUCGUUCGCGUUGCUGAUCCUGUAUUCAUUGGGUUCGGCAUCUGGAAGCAGGCAGACUGUGCUGCGAAGGUUGUGCCGAAGGCAUCGCCUACCGAAUCAGUCGGUGUUGUUGCCUGCAAAGGUGGCCGUUUCAGUGUUGUCGAGUAUUCCGAGAUUUUGAAGGAGCAGGCCGAGCGCCGUGAUGCCGACGGCGAACUGGUGUUCAGAGCUGGUAACAUUGUCAACCACUUUUACACCACGGCAUAUCUGAACCAGGUCGAAAAGUUCGAAGAACAGAUGGCAUUCCACAUUGCUCGUAAAAAGAUUCCUCAUGUGGAUCUUGCGACUGGCCAAACCGUGAAGCCGACUAAACCCAACGGCAUGAAACUCGAAAUGUUCGUGUUCGACGUCUUCCCGUACACAGAACGCUUUGCUGUCCUCGAAGUGGAACGCAAGCAGGAAUUCAGUCCAUUGAAGAACGCACCUGGGACCGGAUCCGAUGACCCAGAGACCAGCCGCCGCGAUCUUCUAGCACAACACAAGUACUUCUUGGAGAAGGCCGGGGCUAAAGUCAAGGAUAGCGUAGAGAUUGAAAUGUCUCCUAUCGUCAGCUACGCCGGUGAAGGUCUGGAGAGCACGCAAGGCAAAAUCUUUUCCAAAUCAGGAAUUGCUUCGUCGCUAGAGGAAUUGGAUGCUCUUGUGUAA